CCAUGUUCUAUGUUUCCACAGGGCGGCACCCUCCUAUUUCUUCUCAGCCGCAGCCCUCCCCUUAGAGUUGAGCAUCUGUUUGCCUGAAGUUAAUUUCCAGAAGCAGGGGUCCCCAGAACUGGGCCAGGGGGAUGAACCGCGAGGGAGCACCCGGGAAGAGUCCGGAGGAGAUGUACAUUCAGCAGAAGGUCCGCGUGCUGCUCAUGCUGAGGAAGAUGGGGUCAAAUCUGACUGCCAGCGAGGAGGAAUUCCUGCGCACCUAUGCAGGGGUCGUCAACAGCCAGCUCAGCCAGCUGCCACAGCACUCCAUCGACCAGGGUGCAGAGGAUGUGGUGAUGGCGUUUUCCAGAUCGGAGACGGAAGACCGGAGGCAGUAGCUGGAAGCCCCUGGCAACCCCUGGAAGCUACCGAUGGCCAAGAGAUCUGUAUGGCUCCUCUGCCGGUCGAGUGGCAGCAAACCACCGUCUUCUUACCCCUUGCUCCCCUCACCCCAUCCAACCCUCCCCAGCCAGCCACUCAGCAGGGCUGGCAUCAAGGUGGUUUGUGAUUGGCUUGAAGGGAUGGACUUGUGAUUGGCUGCAGGAAGAAACCUUUUUAUUUUUAAACCUUGACCAACGGAAACCUUUUAUUUUUAUUUCUGACUCUUUAUUUUUUUAAAAGUUUGCGCCUCGGUAUCUGGCUUCCCUGGAAGCUGUCCGAGCUCUGGUGCUUUAUUUAGGUCAUUUUUAGGAAUGUGAAGAGGCCCAAUUGGCUGCUUAAACUGGAAAAAGGUUGUGAUUGGCUGGCUAGUGGGACAUGGUCUUUUCUUUGAUUGGCUGCGGGUGUUCUGCUCACAUCAUCAACUUCCUCUGUUCUGAAUGCAGAAAACAGGGUUUGGGAUAUUGAUUGUUAUAGUUGACUUGAAAAAAAAAAAGAAGAAAAGAAAGAAAUGGAAUGAGCCUUGCAAUAUUUAUUACACAAAAGGCUGGCUGCUGCCGUCACAGGGUGGGUUUGCGUUUGCAUUUGAUUGGCAGUAAGUAUGUGGGCUUGGUCUCCCAUUGGCUCACCCCUAACUCCUGUCACCGUGGGCUCACUUCCGCUCGGCUGCUUAUUUGAGGCCUGAGGCUACACCUGGAGAUUGCAUGUGCUUUAAUGACACCUGCCUCCACCAGCAAAGGGACCCCAGGGACCCAGAGCAGGGUCCACAGCUGGAGAACACGGCCCCCAAGGAGCUUUGCGUUGUCCUGAGCCAGCAGCCCAGAGCUCAGGGGUGACCAGGAGGCAGGGUUGAUGUACUCGAUUCUGAGAGUUGGCAGCCGGCCAGUUUCCUGAAGCGAAUGGAUUGUGCAGAGCUCCUCAGUCCUCCCUGGCCAGCCCAUGCUAAAUACCAGAGAGCUGACUGGCAGCUCCAGCCUCUCUGCUGCCCCCUGUGUCUCACUUCCCCAGGCCUUGGCAUCCCCAGAUCCUGAACAUUAUGUGGGGUCUUUGCCAGAGCCUUGAACCCAAGCAGAUACCCCAGUUUCACUUCCAGAACCCCAGAGGCUCCAAGCUUGACUCCAAGCACAACCUAACCAGGCUACCCAGGGGCUGUUGCCAGUGGCAGUAUGUCCUGGACAGCAGAUGUGGAGCCCAAGCCCCCAUUACAUUGUAUCUCACUGUGUCAGCAUAGAAGAGAGAGUAGCAUGGAAGACCAGCUAGACUUUCACACAGUAGCCCCACAGGCUACUCAGAUCCAGCCCCAGGGUCACAUUUUAGAGCAGCUCCUAAGAAGGAUCUGGGUCAUCAUCCCACCCCCACCACACCAUCCCUGAGAGCAAGAGAAAUGCCUUUCUGGUCCUGGGUACCAGGAUCCAGAAAACUGUCGGAGUAUCUUUUCCCUUCUCGGGACUUAGGCCUCCCAUGUCGGAGUGUGCAGGAGCCCAGUGCCAGCCUGUCUUGAGACCAAGCCCUAGGGCACCUCCCAGUUGGGGGAUGGCUUGAGCCUACCAGCCUUGUUCCAGGAGAAUCUGAACAUCACGUCCUUCAGCACCUGGGCCCUGUUAGCGGACGUGACAUGCUUCACCCACUGAGCUCCGGGGAGCAAGGACAGUGGAGAAGCAUCACCAACCCCGGCCUGCCAGCAAGAACCCGAGGAGACAGCAUCCUGGAGAGGAACCAUGCGUGUGCAGGCCCGACGUGAGCUCACACACUGACAGACACGAGCCUGCUCUGCUGGCUCAGUGUGGCCUGGAGACGUGGCUGGGCCCCAGGGCUAGUGGGUUGUUCAGUCUCCACUCACUUGUGUGAUUGUAAAGUCGGGUGUUGCCAGCUUCAGCUGGCUCCCGUGGCUGCCUCGAGGCCAAGUGCUGAUGGUGUGUGCUCUAAGCAGUGGUUCUCAGCUCAGCCCAUGAGGAAGAAAGAUGCAAGUGUCGCUCUGGCUUCUUAUUCCAACUGAAAGUCUUAUCUAAUGGAGGAAAAAUUAACAAUAAAGAUUUCUCACAGCUUG